GGCUCCGCUAGCACAGCCGGUUCCUCUUUACAUAACGGCGCGGGGCGGAAUGGGCUCGGGCCACCGCCUCCGCCCGGCCGCCCGCCUGGACUAUCGCGGCCCGCGGUGGCAGCGGUGGCGGCAGCAGCAAAGUUUCCCCGGCGGCGGCCCGGGGGCGCAUCCUCCCGCAACUGUCAAGCACUGGCGGCGGAAAUGAUGAGACGCUGGCCAUUUUCCGAGCCCGGGUUUCCUGCCUGAGCCCCGCUCGAGCGAGCCGCGAGCCAGGAGCCGGCGCGCGGGAGAGAACGUGCCCGGGGCGGGGGCCCGCCCGCCCCCUCGGGAUUUCGAGGGGUCGGGGGCGCGCGACGCCAUGGGCCGGCCGGUCCCUGACCCCCUCUCUCUCAGCCUGGCCACUCCACCUCCGUCACCGCCAUGAACGGGCCCACCCUGCAGCCCUCCUCCGCGCCCUCCGCCUCCUCGUCCGCACCCGGGGCCCCGGCCCCGCGGGGCUGGAGCGAGUUCUGUGAGCUGCACGCGGUGGCCACGGCCCGGGAGCUGGCCCGGCAGUACUGGCUCUUCGUCCGCGAGCACCCGCAGCACGCGCCGCUGCGCGCCGAGCUCGUGUCGCUGCAGUUCACCGACCUCUUCCAGCUCUACUUCUGCCGCGAGGUGCGCCAGGGCCGGGCGCCGGGACCACCGGCUCGUGACUACCGGGAGGCGGGCCGCGGGCCCCCGGCCAAGGCCGAGGCGCCUCCAGCCGAGCCCGACCCAGGCCCCGCCGCCCCUGCCCUGCCCAAGGCGCGCAGCUCGGAGGAACUGGCCCCGCCGCGGCCGCCGGCGCCCUGCGCCUUCCAGCACCUGCGCCAUAGUCUUCGCCACAUCAUCCGCCGCCGCUCGGCUGGGGAGCUGCCGGCGGCCGGAGCCGCAGGGGAGACCCGGGCUAAGCCCAGCCUGGCCCGGAAGCUCCUGCCCUGGAGCCUGGCCCGGGAGCCGCCGCCUGAGGUCCUCAAGGAGGCCGUGCUGCGCUACAGCCUGGCCGACGAGGCCUCCAUGGACAGCGGGGCACGCUGGCAGCGCGGACGGCUGGCUCUGCGCGCCCGAGGCCCCGGCGGCGCAGACCUAGUGCUGGAGCUCUUCGACCCGCCCAAGAGCUCAAAGCCCAAGCUACAAGCAGCCUGCUCCAGCCUCCAGGAGGUCCGGCGAUGCACACGCCUCGAGAUGCCCGACAACCUCUACACCUUUGUGCUGAAGGUAAAGGACCGGACAGACAUCAUCUUUGAGGUGGGAGACGAGCAGCAGCUGAAUUCGUGGAUGGCUGAGCUCCGGAAGUGCACAGGCCAAGGGCUGGAGAGCACAGACCUGGAGCUGCACGUUCCCUCCGCUCCGGAGCCUGGCACGGCCAGCUCUCCCAGGGGAAGCACAGAUUCCCUGAACCAAGGUGCUUCUCCUGGGGGGUUGCUAGACCCAGCCUGCCAGAAGACAGAUCACUUCCUGUCCUGCUACCCCUGGUUCCACGGCCCUAUCUCCCGAGUGAAGGCAGCUCAGCUGGUUCAGCUGCAGGGCCCUGACGCUCAUGGAGUGUUCCUGGUACGGCAGAGCGAGACCCGGCGUGGGGAGUAUGUGCUCACGUUCAACUUCCAAGGCAUAGCCAAGCACCUGCGUCUGUCGCUGACCGAGCGGGGCCAGUGCCGCGUGCAGCACCUUCACUUCCCCUCGGUCAUGGACAUGCUCCACCACUUCCAGCGCUCGCCUAUCCCCCUCGAGUGUGGAUCGGCCUGCGAUGUCCGGCUGUCCAGCUACGUCGUGGUCGUCUCCCAGCCACCAGGUGUGAACCCAGUGCCCCUUGAUAAAGGGGUGGUGGGCCCAGGGAACCACGUAGAGGGGAAAGCUUGCUGCCGCAAACCUUCCGACAUGGCCUCUUUGUCACUUGUCCCCCAGGUUCCUCCAACACUGUCCUGUUCCCCUUCUCCCUCUCUCGCUGGGAUUCAGAGCUGGGCCUUCCCCACCUUAGCUCCUCCGGCUGUCCACGGGGGCUGGGCCCGGAGGGUCUCCCAGGCCGCUCCUCCCCCCAAGAGCAGAUCUUCCACCUGGUGCCUUCGCCCGAGGAACUGGCCAACAGCCUGCGGCACCUGGAGUCGGAGCCUGCCAACCGUGCCCGGGACUCAGACUACGAAAUGGACUCCUCCUCCCGGAGCCACCUGCGGGCCAUAGACAAUCAGUACACGCCUCUCUGACGGGCAGUGGACUCCUAGGCCACAGGGCCCUGAAGGAGCAAGCAAGCGACAGGAACUGGUAGAAUGUACUUUCUUUCCUUCCUUUCAGAGAGAGUGAAGGGACAUUAACUGCUCCUUCCAAUUUGGAUGUGACCCUUCUAUUAGGCCUGUUAAAGGGCCUCCUGUAAGUUCCCACCUGGCUUUCUCCUUAUUGUUUACAGAUGUAGUUCUUGUCCGCAGAUGCCCUAGCUCCUGUCGGGCCCCCAGGACCAGCCCUGGCACGUGGGGGUGGGGGGUAAAGACCAGGCUGGCAGUGGAAACUUUUUCUUACUGACACUGUCACAACUGAUGACAGACGUUCUACGUGGGGAACGGGGGUGGGGGGGGGAGGGGGUCCAUCAGGAAGCCCAAAACACUAACAAGCCCUGGAUCCCUAUGGCUUUCCCGCACAGCUUCCUCCACAUGCAGCUCUGUGGCCCCCGCGCCUAUCCGCUUUGACCCAGCCUUACAACAGAGCUCUGACAGGACAGGCUAAAGGUCAAAAAUGAUUUUAAACAUUUUACCUCAGAUAAAUUUUUCAAAUGAUUCAGGUUUUAAAACUAAACCAUUGCUUAUUUCACUGCACUGUUUGAACUAAUACCCACUCGAUUUUUGUAGUCAGACAGCUAUGCAAUCCUCCUGGACUAGGGCUAAGCCAGCACCUGCUGCCGAGGAGCCACUGUCCUUCCUAAAUGUAAAGUGAAGCAUGUGGCCAUUUCAGAGAAAUCCAGGCAGUUACUGAACUAGGAGGGUGGCAAAUUCCAGUUCUACCUGGUGCCUUAGGAAUAAACAACUGGAUUCUGCUUCUGGCACUGCUAUAGCAAGUUCUCCUUCCGGGCGGGCUCAGCCCCCAGCAUCCAAUGGCUCAUUCAAUUUUCCCACGAGGUUUUAGGCUCAGCCUGGUGCCAUGGCUGACAAGGAGCUGCUCUAACAGCUCAGCCAGUGCACUGUGCCAGCAGGUCCCGCUGCCUCUGAGGUGUGGGCAUGCACACGUACACCUCUUCACAAGUGACACCACUCACCUGGGGGCUGGCUCCUCCCAGAGAAGGCUCAGUGACGAGGGGCAGUGACAGUGUGAGGUCAGCUGCUCCUGGGACCAGCUCAGCUUUAACAUGUAUGAUACACGUCAAAUAGAGGCUAAACCAAACCUUGGCCUGAACUUAACUCCUGCCUGCCUUAUCUGGCCAGGGUCAGGGUUUUGUCUGCUCCCUCCAGCCACUCUCAGUAUUCUAAGAGGUCAGAGGUGAGACUUUUGCUUAUAGUGCUUAUAGAAUUUUCUGGUGGUUUUUUUUUGGGGGGGGGGGGGCAUCAACUAACCACCUCUUCACUUUUACUUUUAAAACCAACACUCCUGGGUGUUUCCACAGGUUGUAAAGCAGAUGCGACCCCGAUCCAAAUUUUCGGUCCAUUUCUAAGGACACUUUUUUUCUACAUACCAAGCAGGUUUCGCUAAGCAAAGCAUGAACCAGAGGAGCACGCACUAUUUUGAAUGUCUCUUAAAAGAUAAAGCUCAUCACAGAAAGUCCAUGCUGACAAGUCACUGGUGCAGAAAAAGGGCAAAAUAUACAAUGAAACACACCUCCCCCCUCCCUCCACAUCUGGGCCAUGACAUCUUCAAGCCAGGGACACCCACUUCUAAGCAGUCUCAGCAUAGACGUCUCAGGUAGUACCAAGAGGCAGAAACUAGUGGCUCAGCUCUGACCCACUGGCUGCCAAAUACCAGCUCAGAUUCUAACAGAGCUGGAAGUCACCGCUCCAGGCUGCUCCAGUAUAAAUGUUCAAGGAAAAUAUUUCCUUUCCAAAUGUGUCUGAGUUACCAGGACACCUCAAAUACAUCCCGACAGAAAGCCCCGCCUCAGCUGGGAAGGAGUGACCCUAAGCCAGGCCUCUCCUUUCUGCCAGAACAGGCAGAGCUGGAGAAGAGGGAGCAGUGGGUCCCUGGGCUGAUCCCUCACAGUGACCCUGCUGGCCGCAGCUAGCCCACAUGCCACCCUCCUUCCAGUCCUGAUGUGACCAACGCUGGCCUCAAGAGGCCAAGCCAGCACCUCCACGGAAAGCCGGGCUGUGAGUGCCAAAGGGACAGUAAGUACUGCGACCGCUGCAGUUCUCUCCAACCAGACAACAGCCAGGGGACUGCUCUCAGCACCGUCACCUCCUGAAUCUGACUUUAACGAACUUUUACAAACUAACAGUCACCAGCACCAAAGAAUUAAGUCAACUAACCUGCCUUGAAUUUUAGACCAGCAAUCCAUAUGGCUUUAUCUGGUAUAAAUCUUCUGCCUCUGAUCAUUUCUGGACCGUGUAGGAAAAAGGAAUAGCAAUCAUUAAAAUCUUAGACCACAAAACACUAUUUUUAUAUAUAAAAUCAAGGCCUUGAACUCUUCCCUUCCCUAAGGGUUGCCUAAGAUUCCUUCAUGCUUUAUUCAGGGCUAACUCUCCUGUUGCAAAUGUCAUGUGAGCUCUAACAUCUCCCACAGGUUAGAGGAACUUGUAUAUUUCCACUGCCUCUAACAAGGACACAUCUGUCACCCAGUGUUGGGCUGGAAUAAGCCACAUUGUAACAACACAGAAAAUGGGUUCAAUCUUGUAUCAUUACAGGCAGAAGAAGGUAUUUGGCAAAUUGUUAUAUAUUGUUUAUGUACUGUACAAGUAACUUAUUCUUGAAUAACAAAUUUUGCUAUAAUGUAUAAAUUGCUAUAUGUGAAUUAAAAAAUGUUUUCAGAAUAUUGA